UCCGUGGCGCGCUCAGGUAACCGGUCGAUUUACGAAUUUAUCGAACUAGGGCCUUAGCCUUAGUACUGGUCGGUCUAAUUGAUUCAUAUUAAAAUCUAUUGUUAUAUUUAUCACUUGGCAAUCUCUGUGACGGCAGGCUUGCUGGUAUCUGUACACAUGUCACGCAGCAGUUGUUGGUGAAGUCAGUAGGGAUUAAUUGAUAGAUGAAAUUAAUAUUGCAUUGGUUUUUUGGCAGUGAUGAUAAUGAUUUGAUUACUUUACACUUAAUAUAAUAAAACUGGUGGAUGUUUAUUCGCAUUGAACGCGCAGUGCAGUGCUGACAUCGAGCGAGGCGAGUCACGGCAGGAUGUUGUCAUUGGAUCAAUUGUCGCAAAUGGUAAAGGAACACUUGGGACUCUACAGCUCCGUCGACGGAGUUCUACAUUCCAGCAAAUGGGAAGUCCGUGAAUCGUCAAUUGGAGGCCGUGGGCUUAUCGCAACGGAAGACAUAUUACCGGGGGAAGUCCUCUUCGUGGAUCACCCUCUCAUCAGCGGGCCCCGGGCUGCAUCUAUAGAACAAGGCGGAUGUACAGCAUGUUAUAAAAACGACACAGAUAAUGUGUUUAAGUGUUUAAAAUGCGGAUUGUUGUUGUGUUCAGAACAGUGUCAAAAUAUUGACGUGCAUUUUAUUGACUGCAAUAUUAUCUCACGCUGGGAGAAAAAAGUGCCUGUUGAAGAGUUCAGCGAUAAGACUGUAUCACGCGCACUCACUGCCAUUCGUGUGUUAUUACUUAGCGAGGAUCAAAAACGAUUACUAUCUGCCCUCCAAGCUCACAUGUUACCACAACACGGAACUGAGAUUAGAGAGCUAAAGCAAUACUUUGAAAUACCAGAAUCCGAAGAAGAUCUAAUGAGACUUGCGUGUUGCGUACUCGAUGCAAACGCGUAUCAAAUUGCAAUCGCAUACGGAAAGAAGGAAAUGAGCAGGAGAGGGCUAUAUCCCGUUGCCAGUUUGAUGAAUCAUAACUGUGUACCAAACACGAGGCACAGUUACAACAGCGAUGCUCAAAUGACAGUCAAAGCAAUUAAACAUAUACGAGCGGGAUGUGAGAUAUUUACGUGUUACUCUGGAUUUUUAUGGGGUACGCCUUCCCGACAAACUCAACUUUAUAAAACCAAACAUUUCCUAUGUAAAUGUGACCGUUGUGCGGACCCCACUGAGAGAGGAACUCUCCUAGCUGCUCUCAAGUGCUUUGUGACCGAAUGUCCUGGUAGUAUAUUACCUAUUCAGCCAUUGCGUAUGGCCAGUGCGUGGCAGUGCCUUGAAUGUGGGUUGAGAGUACCUAGGAAGAAUGUCGGAGCCGUGCAGAGUGCUAUUGGCAGCUUGCUCGGGUCAAUAGACUUCGGAGACGUGGACCAUUUGGAAAACUAUCUCGCUAACCGGAUCACUAAAUACAUUCCAAAAACGAACCAAGUGGUAGUCGAUCUACAGUGCCGGAUUAUUUGGGAGUUUGGAGAAGCUGAAGGACUCCGUUAUCAUGAGCUGUCGGAAUCCCGGCUGUCACUGAAGGAGACGCUGUGUCGCGGCACGCUGCGCACGGUGGCGGCGCUGGGCGCGGGCGACGCGCACCUCCGCGGCCUGCUGCUCUACCACCUGCACGCCGCGCUGGCCGAGCGCGCGCGCCGCUCACCAGACCUGUUUGAGGAGUUGAAGCCAGAAAUCGAAAGUACAAUUGAGCAGGCCUACAGCAUUUUGCAAGGCGACGUGUCCGCGCCGCCCGACCUCGAGCUGCGGCGCCGCUACCUCGGCCCCGGCUGCGACAAACCCCAAGAAGAGCGGUUUUUUAUCCUGGACAGUUAAUUUCACUCAUAAUCGAAAACCAAAAAGUGUCCCAAAAAUAAAUUUGUACUUGCAAACACUGUUAAUACCAAUAGAUAUAUUUACGCUUAUUUGAAGAACACUGUUGACACCAAAGUCCUAUUAAUUCAUUAUUUAUUAUUAUUAUUAUUAAGUAGCAAUUUGAAUCCUUUAGUAAAAAAUAAAUAAACGAUUAUAUAGUCUAGCGACUGAGACUUAUCAGAAGGAACUCAAAUCCUCUAGACUUAAUUUUGAGACUUGUUUUGUAGAAUAAGUUAAAUAUUUUUAGCUAUCUAUCUAUGAUUUUAGAACCUAGUAAAAUACGAAAUAAUCAAUGUGAUUAUUAAUUAAAACAUAAUAGCAGUCGAUCGGUGGCGUUUUACCUGACAUGCAUCGCAGGGUGGUAAGUAUAGCACGGCUAAGUGGAAUAAUAUCCGAUAAUUUAUAUUUAUAUUUUGUCAUUAUUUUGUACACACUAAGUACCUACCAAAGUAUACAGGAUGGUUUUGUUCGUCAUAUUUUGUAAAUACAUAUGCACAUAUCGAUGUGGAAGCAUGUCAGUAGGUAUCUACAUAAUGAACAAUUGAACAGCCAGUAUGGGACUGACCUUCGAAAUCCCGAAAUAAUAGUCUGUUUCUAUAUUUCUAAAACAACAUCGACAUUAUUAUUAUUUUUUUUGAGAUUUCGGGGUUGGCCUCAUAGUGAAAGUUGUUCAGUACUGUGUCCAACAUAAGUAUUUACCUUAAAAAUUAUGGCUAAACAUUUAAAAAAAAAAUAUCUUGUUAGUGUAUAGUCUUCAUCUUCUCAAAUAACUUUUUCGUCUAAGACGGUAAUCUGUUAAACAAAAGCCAUUGUCUCUUUUGUGCGAGCGGUUGGCCAUUGUGUGCCAUUGUGUGUGAGCGCCGCACGCGCCGUGCCAAUACACAGGCACACAAAGGCCGACAGCUCGCACAAAAGAGACAAUCGGUUUUUUAAUAACAAAACUUCCGUGAGACACAGACAGAAUAAUAAUUGAUUGUCCUAAUGUAUGUUACAGCUGAAACAGAAAGUGUUUUCGAAAAUGUUUUGCAUAGGUUGUGUAGAAUAGGGUAGGUUAGGUUAUUUUAUAUUUUUUCAGAAAUGUGAAUGAUGAUGAUGUGAUGAUGUGUGUUUUGUGUGUGUGUGUGUGUGUGUGUGUGUGUGUGUGUGAGUGAUGUUUGUAAAAAAAAUCUUGUUAGUGUGUAGUCUUCAUCUUCCCAAAUGACUUUUUCGUCUAAGACGGUAAUCUGUUAAACAAAAGCCAUUGUAAAAUAUAUUAAUAACGGGUCACUCUAGUAUUUUAAGUCGAAAAACGCUCGACAUGUUUCACUCCGUACCGAAAAUACCGUGUUAAAAUACGUGAGUGACCCGUUAUUAAUAUAUUUAAUAUGUCUGUGUAAGAGUCAUUUGAGAUGAUGCAGACUAUAGCUAUAUUGUAAGUGAAGAAACUAUUAAUUACUGCUAGACACGUAAGUUGCGUUUGGGCGGAUUUAUAUAUGUAUUAUUUAAUGUACUUAGGUAAAUAAAGUAAGUAAUAAACACAAUAUUAAAUAUGUAUAUACCUACACCGUGUUUUACUUAAGAGGCCGUAGUCGAUAUUGGAGCAAAAAUUUAAAAUUGAUAGAUUUAGUCGUUGAAAUUAUACACGUUUUGUUACAUAAUUAUCUAAAUAACAAGUAUUGGUUUCUAUUAGCACGUCUUCUCAUCUUGCCUUUUAAUAAUGAGGUCGCGAGCGUGCGUCACCGGUAAUAUAUGAAAAGAAGGGGGGCAGUUUUAAAAAAUUCAUCAAAAAUUUAUGGUGGUAAAUUAUACAAAUUGAUGUAUAAGAAUAGUUUCAGCAAAUGAUGUAGAUUGUUUAAGUAUAGGUAUAAAAAUUACGUUGAAAUUAAGUCGAUUUUCAGAGAAAUUGUCACUUGUUUUGAAGUAAUUUCUGGAGAACAUUGAUUUCGUCUAACUUUCAUUUACACUACUUCAAAGUCAUAAUAAUAAAAAUGUAGUCUGAUAAACGGCAAGUACAGGAUAUGUGUAAUUGUGUAAUACAAAAUUACCUUGUUUAGCCGUCCAAACUUUACGAUAUAAAUAUCGUAGUUUGGACGGCUAAACAAAUAAGAGCGACAAAAUCAGUGCUUUACGCGCGUUUACCUAGACGUCCAUCAGAAAAGCAAACAUUACUAAUUUAGUGAGUCUGUUUUCAAAAAAUUGAUCUGAUAAAAGGUAAGAUAAAAAGACGUGCUAAUAGAAACCAGUACUUGUUAUUUCAAUUAGGUAACAAAAGGUGUAUAAUUUCACCGACUAAAUUUAUCAAUUUUACAUUUUUGCGACUAAAAUGGACACCGGUCUCUUAAAGUAUUUUCCAGAGCAUAUGCAUUGAAGAAUCAUGAGUUUUAAGUGCUUUUGUGUCUUAUCGGAUUAAAGAACAAAAUUAAUCUUUGGACAUUAUGUUUUUGACUGUUAGUCGGGAAAUACUGGGUACCUUACCUACCGCACCAAGGUCACGCGCCGCACCCAUAAGUGAGAGCGAGAAAGAGAUGUCUCGCACCAAAGUCGCGGUGCGGUGCGGUAGCGUGUUACACAUUUAAUAGUGGGAUCGGCGAGCCAAUGUCUUAAUUUCAUUUUUGGCCACACCACGCGAUUUACAAGUUAAGGCCAGUCCAGCCGGUUACUUUUUUUUAUUUAUUUAGAGCGCUCAAAUAUCACCGUAAACGUAAAAUUGAUGAUUAAAUUGCAGAUUGACGCCGAAUUUAUUUUCUGAAUUUCCAGAGACAAUUAACCCGUCUGGACACUGCUUAGCGUAAUCCAUCUGGAUCUAGGAGGAUAUAACCAAACGGAGUAGUUAUUAACAGGCGUACCCCUCUGUCGAAAAUAGUUGGCCAAUGGUCAUACACAAUGUAUGGACUGACGUUUAUCUGACAUGGCUAUUUUGACGUUACGUAUACAUUUGACGUUACCCUCCCCCGCAAAAAUUGUCAGACUUUUUUGUACAGCAAAUUACAGACGUGGCGUCUCCGUUUGGUUAUAUCCUCCUAGAUCUGGAUCCAGGCCGCGUAGCCAACAUGCCAAUCGCUUACGCUCCGUAGCGAUCGAAACGCAACUGUCACUGUCGCACUAAUGUGGAAGAGUGAUAGAGACACAAAGGGUUUCGUUGUCGUAGCGAUUGUCACCUUGGCUAUGCCGGCAGAACAAAAAAAAACAAACGUCAAAAAAGUUGAUGUCACUGUCAAUUGUCAAAUUCCUAUUCGGAGAAAGUGAGAGAAAGUUUGUUUUGACGAAUUUUCAUGAUUUUUUUAUAUUAUCUAGUAUUUUAUUUAUAUUUUAGUUAUUUACUUAAUAGUUAAAUCAGUAUAGCUUAGAUUAUAAAAGAUAACGCUGCUACGUUAUCGCUUUCUUCAUGCUGUUGUUUUUUCUAUUACAUAUUCCAUUGUUUUCCUUAUCACAUAUUGUUGGCAAACCGUUCAGUCGCAUUGCAGGUGUAACGCCCAUUAUGGAGUCUCGUCGUCAAGCUUUACUUCUAUCUUCAUCAAAUUGCCAUGGAUAUUCCUUGCUCGAGUUUGCUAAACAAGAAAUAAGCUCAUUUUUACAGAA